AGUGAAGAAAAUGUUUGGAAGCUCUGCGAGUACAUCAAGAGUCAGACUCGAUACCCUUUGGAGGAAUUUUAUGCUGUUUUCAUAUCCAACGACAGGAGGAUGAUUCCCCUCUGGAAGCAGAAAUCUGGACAUGGAGAUGAGCCUGUUGUCUGGGACUACCAUGUUAUUCUACUUCAUGUUUCCAGUGGGGAGCAGAACUUCAUUUAUGAUCUUGACACAGUGUUGCCAUUCCCAUGUCCUUUUGAUGUGUACAGUGUGGAGGCCUUUAGGCUGGAUGACAGCCUUCGUCCGGAAUUUCACAGAAAAAUCAGAAUGAUUCGAGCGGAUCUGUACUUGAAGACAUUUGCUUCAGACAGAUCUCAUAUGAAGGAUGCAGAUGGGAAAUGGCAGAAACCUCCUCCUUCAUACCCCUGCAUUGAAACUGCAGACUCCAAGAUGAACUUGGAUGAUUUCAUCAGUAUGAAUCCCAAAGUGGGAUGGGGCUCAGUGUUCCCCCUUCGAGACUUUGUGCAUCGAUUUGGCAGACAGACUGAUUACAGCUAUUCCUUGGAAGGACAAUAA